AUGGUUGACAGACAUACUAAAUGGGAGAGAGAGUGUGAAGCUUGGAUCAAUUAUGAUCCCUUUUCGAAAAAUCUUAGUGUGUCCUUCACAAAUGUCCUAAACAAUACACUUGUAAAACAAGAUGGACUAUCUUAUAUAGUCGAUCUAAGGCAUGAAUUGCCCGAAUGGGUUAUUUUUGGGUUUUCAGCAGCAACCGGCGGUUGGUGUGAAAAACACAGUGUAACAUCUUGGAGAUUUAAUAGUUCUGAUAUACUACUUGAUACAAACAAUAGUUUACGACCAACGGCCAAGGGGGAUAACAAGACCAGAUAUGUGGUGGGAUUAAUUGUGGUGGUAGUUGUUGUUUUUUUGGCUAUACUUGCAUUUGGUUUAUGGAAGAAGAAAAAUAACUACGAAGGUGAAGUGGAAGAACUUCGAUUUGCUGUGGAGAUGAGCAGUGAAUUUGAGAUUGGUGCCGCUGGUCCUAGAAGAUUCUCUUACCUUGAAUUAGCCCGGUCAACUGCCAAUUUUGCAGAAAGUGAAAAGCUUGGAGAGGGAGGUUUUGGUGCGGUUUACAAAGGUUUUCUGAAAGAUUCAAGAACAUAUGUGGCUGUCAAAAGAGUGUCAGAGACUUCGACACAGGGGUUCAAGGAGUAUGCAUCGGAAGUAAGGAUCAUUAGUCGUGCGAGGCACAGAAAUUUGGUGCAACUCAUCGGUUGGUGCCACCAGAAAAGGAAACUCUUACUUGUUUACGAGUUUAUGGAAAAUGGAAGCCUAGAUUUACAUCUCUUUAAGAGAAAGAGCUUGCUGACAUGGAGCUUUGCUAUAUCUGCACGUUGA